CCGUGUUCGAAGCUGGUUGUUCGAAUUGCAAAUUCGAAUUUAAAUGCAACUAUGUACACCGGUUUUUGCACACUCCACACCAGAAGCGACUGACAACAUUUAAUUUUCUGUGAUAAUUAAUCAAUUGGCGACCAAAUUAGUAUUCAUUUAUAAGAAAAGUUUGAUCAUUGAAAAAGAAAUUAGAUCAACAAAAUUGAACGAUGGAUAAAAAAACACCAAUGCGUGUGUCAAGAAGUUCACGAAUGACAACACACGAUUUGACUCGGCACCAUCGUCUGACAAGUGGUUCACAAUCAAAUUUAUUGGAAUCAGCUGAUCGCCGUCAAACAGUCAGUGGACUGCCUCGUAGUAGUUCAAAUAUGCGUACACCGCUUCCAACUCGAUCGCCUGGCACUCGAACACCAUCCUCCACCGGUACAUCGAACAGUGAACAAAAUCGACGAAUGGCCACAGAAAAUGCAUUCAAAGUCAUGAAUCUACUUCAAUCAAGUCAAAAAUUUUACAAAAGCUUAAAUUUAGGCAACACUGGCUUAAAAUCCAUGACAAUGAACCAAUUUAUUGAUAUUAUUUCGUUUUUAAUGGUGAAAAUUGGCGGAAAAAAUACCAUCGCUAAGAUUCGCAGCAGUACAGAAAAUGUCAUCAUCUCGUUUAUGCAAAGUCUCAACUAUCCAUAUGUUUUGAAUAAAUCGUGCUUAAAAACGCCAAAUGCACAUCACUCGUUCCCUGAUGUAGUGGCGAUGUUGGCAUUUUUGGCCGAUUUGGUGUGUGACAUAAAGCAGUACACGAUUCCAACGGCAAUUCCGGUGACACCAUGCGAAAACCUAAUCAACGACAAAUACGCUGAACUAUUUUCGGCCGAGACACAACGAAACUACAUCGAUUACAUAGCAUCAAAGCGUGAAAAUUACUUGGACGAAGAGGGUGAAGCGAAAUUGAUCAAUGGUAUUAUCGCGAUAAAAUUGAAUAAACCAGACAUAACGAUCGAAAAAUUGACUGAAAAAGCGGAACAAUUGCGUAAAAUCAGUGCCGACUUGGAGAAAAAACUUGUCGGUUGUGAUGAUAAAAAAGAGAGUGACAAAUACUUCACGGUUAUCGAGCACCAAGUCAUGAACAGAGAGAAUGAAGAAGCAAAACUCCAAGAGGAUCUGAUUGAAAAACGCAAAUGCUUGAAAAUGGUGACAAUGGUGCGUGAUGAAAAGGCACGAAUAUUGGCCGAUAAACAGGUUGAACUACAGCGAUUAAUGCAAGCCGUCGACAAUCAAAAGAGUAUACGACUUGACAUGAAGCAAUUAACAGCACAAGAAAUGUCAUUGAAAAAUGCCAAGGCAAUGCUACAAACCGAAAAGGAUACGAUUCAAGCCGAAGCGGUUGAUGCUCAAGUGAAAUUGGCACGGUAUCAAAAACUUCGAAUGGAUGCUAUAAAAAAAUUCAACGAUUUUACAUUUCAUACGACGAAGAAACUCAUGCAAAUCCCAUCGAUGCAACGAAAAAAUCUCAAUGUAAAUGAUUUCACCAUUGACCCGACCGACACCCAUGACACAAUUCAAAAUAUUUGCUCACGUCAACGAAAACUUGGCGAUGACUGUGCGCAAGAUAAGCUCCAGAAAAUCGAUAAAAUCCAACAAAACAAUGACAAAUUAAUCGAAUACAAAUCACUGCACAACCAAUUGAACGAUCAAUUCAUCGCAGAAAUGAAUCAAUUUCAAGAAGCCAACAAUAAAUUGAUUGCAUUGAAACGAAAACGAUCGGAUUUCGAAAGCAAUGGAUCGACAUGUACGAACAAAUUAAAGCGAGACAUUGAAGAGAAAAUUGCCAUCAAGGCACAAAUUACCGAGGAAAUUGCCGUUUUGAAUGCGAAAGCACAAGAGCUAGAGACACAAAAUAGAGAGAUAUUUGAGGAUGGCGAACGGCAAGCACAUGAAAUCAUACGCAACAAACAAUUACUAUGCGACGAAUUGGAUAAAUUUAAUGAAUUCCUUGACGAUGAGACUGAUAAAUUUUAAAGGAAAAAUACUUGCCAAAAAUUUUAUUUUAUUUCAAUGGAAUUGUAUAAAUUUUUUUCUGCGAACUUUUUUUAAAUU